UGCACAGUUGGUAAACAUAGUUGACCUCAUGGUGAUCAGACGAGUCGUCUCAAGAGCAAGGCAGCAACACUGAAAGGGCAAUUACGUACUUGCAAAUUCGAGUGUGUGUGAGUUUGUGUGGGCAUGGCGGCAGCCGGUGACGUGAUGUUGCUAAUGCGUGGUCUGGCCAAGCUGAGCCAGGCUGUCCUGGAGACCCAGGCCAGCACCCUGCGGGCAGGAGCGGGGGGCGAGGGGCUACAGGCGGCAGCCCAGAGCAUCCAGAUGAGCGCGGAGCAGGGGCUCUCUGCUGCCAUGAUGAAGAUGCAGGAGUUUAGCGGUCAGCAGCAGAGCUCCCCAGACAUGGGGAUGGACUCGAGCUACGAUUUCAGCAGCGAGGAGGCGGCUGUCAACUCCUCCGAACACGGAAGCUUCCGGGAAGAAGAGGCAGGCUUCCCAGAGGAAACAGGAAGUGGGCACGGUACAACCAGCGCAGCAGCAGGCCACGCCCAAGGGAAGUCUCUGUUUGAGGGUUACAAGGAUCCCAGCAAGCAGUUCACCCCUCCAACCCGCUCCUUCCAUUUAGACAGAAAGGUUUAUGGACAGACCCGAGCCUACCAUUUGAACAGGCAGUUUGUUGGACAGCUGAGGUCCUACCACCAGGACCAUCCCUCUGUGGGAGGGCUCACUGCAGAGGACGUGGAAAAGGCUCGCGAGGCCAAGAGGAAAGACAACAAGCCACACAAACAAAUGCUGAGUGAGAGAGCCAGAGAGAGGAAGGUGCCAGUGACCAGGCUAGGAAGACUGGCCAACUUUGGAGGUCUUGCGGUAGGACUGGGGUUCGGGGCUCUGGCUGAAGUGGCCAAGAAGAGCAUGAGGCCAAGUGAGAGAAACGGUGAAAAGAAUGCGGUACUGGACUCCACCAGCCCCUUCCUCUCGGAGGCCAACGCUGAGCGGAUCGUCAGAACGCUGUGCAAGGUCCGUGGGGCGGCCCUGAAGCUGGGCCAGAUGCUCAGCAUCCAAGACGAUGCUUUCAUCAACCCCCAGCUUGCCAAGAUCUUUGAGCGUGUGCGCCAGAGUGCUGACUUCAUGCCCAUCAAACAGAUGACGAAAGCCCUAAAUAGUGACCUGGGUCCUAACUGGAAGGACAAGCUGGAGUCUUUUGAGGACCGUCCGUUUGCCGCAGCCUCCAUCGGGCAGGUGCACCUGGCAAAGAUGAAGGAUGGCCGGGAGGUUGCCAUGAAGAUCCAGUACCCCGGAGUGGCCCAGAGCAUCAACAGUGACGUCAACAACUUGAUGACGGUCCUCAGCAUGAGCAAUGCUUUGCCUGAAGGGCUGUUCCCAGAGCACCUGAUCGAGGUGAUGAGCAGAGAGCUGGCUCUGGAGUGCGACUACAUCAGAGAGGCUCAGUGUGCCAGGAAGUUCAAGCUGCUACUGAAGGACCACCCGUUCUUUUAUGUGCCUGAUGUCAUUGAUGAGAUGAGCGGCAACUCUGUUCUCACGACAGAGCUGGUUCCGGGGUUCCCACUGGACCAGGCCGAAAAACUGCCCCAAGAGCUCAAGAACGAGAUCUGUGAGCACAUCCUGACUCUGUGUCUGAGGGAGCUGUUUGAGUUCAGAUACAUGCAGACGGACCCCAACUGGUCCAACUUCUUCUACGACCCGCAGACGCACAGGGUGGCACUGUUAGACUUUGGAGCCACAAGAGGGUUUGAUGAAAGCUUCACCGAUGUCUAUAUCGAGGUCAUUAGAUCAGCAUCGGAGGGAGACAGAGAGGGGGUUCUCAAGAAGUCCAUAGAGAUGAAGUUCCUCACCGGAUAUGAAUCCAAGUCCAUGGAGAAUGCCCAUGUGGAUGCAGUGAUGAUCCUGGGCGAGGCCUUCGCCUCCACGGAGCCGUUUCACUUUGGCGCCCAGAGCACGACGGAGCGCAUCCAUAAUCUCAUUCCCGUCAUGCUGAAGCAGAGGUUGACUCCGCCCCCCGAGGAGACCUACUCGCUGCACCGCAAGAUGGGCGGGUCAUUCCUCAUCUGCUCCCGCCUCAAUGCUAAGCUCAGCUGCAAAGCCAUGUUCCAGCAGGCUUAUGACAACUACUGGAGGGACCGCCCCAAGCCCCAGCCCAGCCAAUGACUGGCCUGACCCACACUGACGGACACUGCCCAAAGCCAAUGGCAGGGCUCACAGGGCUGGGAUCAAGGGUCUGAGGGACUGGUGUUUGGAGGGAGAAAAGGCUAAACCAGCCUAGUGAUGAAUGUAUAUGGGUUGUCCUCUUUCUCUUUUCUCCUUUUCUCUCCAUCCCUCUCUUCCGGUUAUGUCAUGUUUUAUUUGUCAUUUUUGAGUGAGCGUGUUAAUACACCAUAGCUGUUCAGUUAACAAUUUAUCACAGGACUGAUCUUACGGUCAGUUUGUUAGUGUCUGAAUGCGUCAAGUUACCUUCGAAGCAAGCAAAGGGAGUCUGACAAUCGGGAGUGUAAAUCUAAUCCACUGCUUUAGUCUGGUCUGACUUUCUACACUGGGAACAUUUCAGACAUGCCGUUUUGUAAGAACGGUUAUUGGUAUCAAAGUAGUCAAAAUAGAAAGCCACCAGAGAACAAGCAUAGGACGCCAGCCUGUAAGACUGCUUACUGAUUACUUUGAAGGACUGAUUGUGUUAUUGUAUAUUUUGCAGUAGCAAACCCCAGGGUUAUUCAGUGACCCUCAGAGAGUAUCACCUAGCUGUACAGGCGAUGGAGGAGGGAGAGCAUGGGUCUCCCUUAGAUGGAACACGAGGACGUUUGAGGAAAGACGAUGCACAAUAACUUUCUUGGCAUACAAAUGAAUAAUGUGCCUAUAGAUUUCUAGUUGUGGGUUGUUAAUGACAUGUCUCUUUAUAUCGAUAUUAGAAACAACAACAAAAAAAGAUGGUUUUAGAUUUUCUAAUCAAAGGCAUUCUCACCACACGUUGUGACGAUCAACAGGAAAAUAUUAAAUAUGUGAUUCUAAACUUCCUUUCA